AGAGAGUAUAAUGAUGGUAUAUAUUAUACACGAAAAACUCUUCAUCCAGAAAAAGAUCAAUUUGAAAUUGUUGGGAUACAAAUAGCAGAAGAUACUUUACAUCUGAAUGUUCUUAUCAGGGAUAAAAUGAAUGUUAAUAGAUAUUAUAAUAUAGAAUCAGCAAAAAAUCCCUAUGCAAAAAUCAGAAGAGGCU